AUGAGACCCAGAGUGGAGGAUGGGCAUGAUGAACCAUGCCGCUGCAUCUCUCAUGAGUUCUUCCGUUCAGCAUCUAAGGAUCCUUGCAAGAUUGCUAUCGUGCAUGCAUCAGGUGGGAUACAGAUCUGCAGGGAGAUAAAGGACAUAACCCUCAGAGGAGAAAACUCCACUGUUCUUGACAAGGAGUGGCUGUCCGAGAGAUCCCAGGAGUGCAACUCUUCCCCAGUCUAUCAAGGAGAUGUCUCCUUCACUUAUGGAGAAGUCUUGUCAGCAGUGGAGUCCCUAAGCUGCCGCAUUCGCCAAGUGCUUGAUGGUGGAGAUGAUCCAGAUUUGUUGAGGCCAAAAGGUUAGGACACCAAACAUAUCAAAAUAAUUUUUUUUCUCCUGUCUAUAUUGAUUGUGGCAACGCUCCCUUUCCCUUUCGGACAGUAUUCAAUUAACCCAUUUUUCUUUCCUCCUGUUUGCAAACUUGGAAUCGAUGAACAGUCAGUACUCUGUAUUUACUGUAACUCCUACUUUAAUUUCAGUGAAUUGCUUAUUUUAUAUGACCUCACUUAUCUCUUCUGUGUUGUCAUUGGAUUGUAUCUUUGAUGAUCCUGUUUCAGGCAGUCCUUGAGUUGACUGCUUUUUUUUUGUUGUUGUCAUUAAUUCCAAUUACUUGCAGGUCAUGUUCAUUCAACACAGAGCAUAGGAACUCAAAUUUCGGACUCUUCAGGGGGUUUCCAUCGGAAACCACAAAUAGUGGGGGUGCACAUAGCACCUUCUGUUGAGUAUGUAAUUGCCAUACUCUCAAUCCUCAGAUGUGGAGAGGCUUUCCUGCCGCUUGAUCCAUUAUGGCCGCAAGAAAGGCUGCUAUAUGUGGCCGCUUGUUCAAGGACUGACCUCAUUAUCACAUGUUCAAUAUCUUCCCAAGGAGGCAUAAGUGUCCAGAACAAUAAGACUGUUUGGGUUCAAGAUAGGAAUGAAUUUUCUGUUUUAUAUUUUUCUAUGGGAAGUACCCUGCCAAAAAAUGGCCCUUCUGAGCUGGAUUGGCCCUGCAAGGCCAAGAGUCCAAGAUUGUAUUGUUACUUGAUGUACACAUCUGGUUCCACUGGGAAGCCCAAGGGAGUAUGUGGAACAGAGGAAGGUAAGGAUUUCCUACAGUUGCAUAUUGAAUAACAAAUGCCAUUGUCCUUUUCUAUUUGAUCUAGUGAGAUUUGUUUGUUGGUCUUUGUGCAAGUGGCCGUCUUUUCUCUUCUUCCGUUAUUUUAACUUUCUGAUGUAUUAAUUCAUUGGAGCUUCACUGGAAACUUAAUGGCUGGGAGAGACUAAUUGAAAUCUCAUUCUUGGUUAUGUUGACGUGCGUUGACUUGAGCAUUCAUUUUGGAUGUGGCAAUAUACAAGGUUUGAGAGGUUCUAUGGGCGAGAGUGAAGGGAGACUGAGAGAAAAUGUCCCUUAUAAUCUAUUCUGUAAAGAGAGAACAUUCACCUCCAUUGACAUAAAGCCGCCUCACCUGUAAGCCAUGGCUAGAAUCCAGUUUGCUUUUCCAAUCAGUCAAAUUCUCACGUUCGAGGAGAUCACAGGCAUGAUUUUCCAUUCAUAUAUGUACGUCACUCUGUAUGACAUUUAUGUUUAAUCCUCAGGUUCUCUCUCUUAGUUUUUCAAUCGGCCAAAAAAAGUUGUCUGACAACAUCAAAUACGUUUCGAAUUUUCACUGCAGCAUUGGCCCAACACUUCGAUAAACCUUUACCGUAGUUUCCACUUCUGGGCGUUAUUUUAUAUAUUAUGCUGCUAAAUAUCGAUACAUAUAUUAGUGUAUUAUACUUUUCAAUUGCCCAGAUGUUGGGAUGCAUCCAUGCAGAAAUUUGGGAUGUGUUUGUCUCCUACAGAUCAUAGAAUUAGAUCCAUACCAAUUCUUUGUUAAUCUGGUGAAACAUAAAAUUAUGAACUUAUCCAAAUUCUAGUUUGUUCUGGGUAUGAUUACAUGAACUAGGCCAUUUUUAUUCAUUGCUCAAAAAAACAAGGUUCUAUUGAAGAUAUCUAUUAAUUUAACUUCCAGACCGUGGACUGGAAUUUGUAUGAUGAAUUUAAGAACUAAUAGAUCAAUUUCAAAGAACAUUUGCCCAUUUCAUUUCUAUGUGUCUGAUGACUUUAAGAAACUUCCAUUUGACGCUUAGUUCUUUUAAUCUACUGUCAACAAAGCACGAUCUAUGUUUUGCAUGUCAAUGAUGGACGGAAGCAAUACAAUUGAUAUAAUGGAUUUACCGAUGGUAGAAAAUUCAGGCAAGAGAUGUACACUGAAACCUAGAUUGGCUUAUGUUCGAUGGAAAGAUAUCUUUCUCGUAGACAAUCCCCCAAUCUGAGUGUUGUAUCAUAUAUCCAAUAAAGGUACAAUGCUGGGGUUGGAUCAAUUAUUGGGUAUUGCAUAACUAAUCGACACUGGUUUCUCCCUAACAACCUUUGGAAUUCGCUUCCCUUAUUAUUGGAAUAUUUCUCCACUUGAUGUUCACUGGCUAAGUUUAUGCGUAAAAAUGUGAGGGCUUUUAAAACCCGUAGAUAGCUUAUUGAAACUGAAUAUUUCUCGCAUGAAAUAUACAUUGUGGUGCUUCUUUUCCUUCUCUCUAGAGUGCAUACUUUUGUGCUGAGCAUUAAAUCUGAUUGUUUCAUGGUCAUUUUUAUCUGUUGGGAGUUUAUCCAGAUACUGUGUAUGAUGUAGUCUCUGUGCAUACCUUACCUUUAAUUGUACUUAUUCAUUCAUGCUUUCAGGUCUUAUUAAUCGCUUUUCGUGGAUGCAACAAUUUUUUCCGUUAUGUAGUGGGGAGAUAUUGCUUUUCAAGACGCCAAUUAGUUUUGUUGACCAUCUACAGGAGAUCCUAACUGCUGUUUUGUCUUGUGCUCCAUUAAUCAUACCUCCUUUUGAUGAUUUGAAAGUAUAUCCAUUUUACUUGGUUGACAUACUUAAGGUAACCGUUCUUUGAUUUUAUUUUGAACCUCAAUGAUUUUUUGUUAAUUGCAAUUAUUUUUCUAUUAGCGUAUUCAUGUUUUUUGUGGAGAGAGUUAAUUUUCAGAUUCUACAAAGAAUACAGAAUAGCUUUUGUUCUGCACCGUUUUCGGAGGCUCCUAUCAACGAGUUUUGAUAUUCAACGAAUGUGUAGUAGGAUAUCCUUUCAGAACGAACAUUCCGUAAAAAAUUAGUUUUAUUUGUUUGAGUAAAUGAUAAGCAAAAAAUCCCAUGUGUCCCGGGCUCAAAUCCUGGCUCUGACCAGUUUAUAGUUUAGUAUUGGUCAGACCAACUGGUGCCUGUUUGUACCUGUUCAGGCAAUUCUGAGUUGUAGUCACACUGGAAACAGCAUUGCUGGUCCUCUUUAUGGUUUCUGCUUUCUAUAUUUGUGAUCGAAUUAUCUAUGUGUGAAACAUAAUAUCAUGUUUCUUGAUCAGCUUUAGUUAGUUAAGUGCAUCAUUAUUCGUAAGGCUGGUCCUUCCAUGGAUCUUGAAAGCAUUAAGUAUAGUUAAGAAAAUAUUGGGUUUUAAAGAUGGGAUGGCAAUCCAUGUUCUCCAUUAGUUUAUUUAGGCGCUUGCUUUCUGAUGAGAUUUCAAUCGAUUUAGUAAUCAUGUCUGUAAUUUGUGUGGAGAAAUAUGGUUUUUAUGAACAUGAAUUUAUGUUUCCUUGGAAUGGUUUGAACAUGAAAGAAAAUGAUCAUACAUCAUACGGAAGACUAGACAGUCAUUGCUAUGUUUUGUUUGUCAUUGGCGCUUUUUAAUUUUUCAAAUGGAUGUUUGGCAGGUGUACUGCAUAUCACGAUUGGUCAUUGUUCCAUCUUUGGCGAGAGCUGUUCUUCCUGCUUCUGAAAGGUCAAAGUGGAUUCAUGUGCAAAAGACACUAAAAUUACUAGUCCUUAGUGGAGAAACUUUAUCUAUCUCACUGUGGAAUCUUCUGUGUGGACUCUUGCCAGAGACGAUUAUAUUGAAUUUGUAUGGAAGUACAGAGGUAAGGUAUCUAUUUUCCUGAAGAGUUGGCUUUAAAAUAGGGAUAUCAGGAAUUUUUUUUCCUUGGAAGUAGAUGACUUUGUAUCAUUUUAACAAAUCUUUGAAAUUUUAUUUUACCAAUAAGCUUCAUGAUUUAAUGUUUAAAGGUUUUUUAAAUGCAAUUUACCCUCUGGCUAUAGCAUGUUUAAAAACUAUAUGAUGCACCAUUAUUCUCUAUAGCAUUUUCCAAUAUUUUCAGGUGUCUGGUGAUUGCACAUUUUUUGAUUGCACAUAUUUACCCAAGAUUUUAGAGACAGAGGUGUUAAGCAGUGUUCCUAUUGGGAAACCUAUUCCUAAUUGUGAUGUUACUCUUCUCGGGCAAAGUACGGCUAAUGAAGGUGAAAUAUAUGUUUCGGGUUCCUGCGUAUUUGCAGGAUAUUUUGAUGAUAUUUCUCAGGAACCUCUUGUGAAGAAAAAUCACCCCCCAUGCUUCAAAACCGGCGAUUUUGCAAGACGUCUGCAAAGUGGUGACCUUCUCUUUAUUGGGAGAAAGGACAGGAGUGUAAAAGUCAAUGGACAACGUAUUGCUUUGGAGGAAAUUGAAGAUGCUCUUCGGGGACAUCCUGAAGUUGAGGAUGCUGCGGUAGUCUUAGAAAGUCAAGGGGAAGCAUUUGAUUUGAAAUAUCUGAAAGCUCAUACUGUUCUACGGAAGAAUGCCGAAACUCAAGAAAAGCUAUUUUCUUCAGACAAUUUGGAUAACAGAGAUAAGUCCUUGGCGCCAUCCAUCAGAAGUUGGUUGGCUAGAAGAUUACCUCUAGUCAUGAUUCCCAGUAGCUAUUUAUUUGUGGAGUCACUGCCAAUGUCUUCCUCUGGGAAAGUGGACUACACUGCCCUGGAAAGCUCAGAAUCCAUCUCAAAGCGCCAAGUGAAGGAAUUCAAUGAGAACCAGUGUUUCUAUGAUCAUUUGCAAAUUAUGAAACAGGUAUGCGUCUGUUCUUAUUAUCAGUUAGUAUCCCUAAGAUUUUAUUUUUCCUUUUCUAUAUAUGCACUAGGGUGCACCUUGAAUUUCGUGGCUACAUGAAUAUCAACACCAUACUAAAUAUGAUGACAUCUACGUGAUGUUCCUCACAAGAAAAAUGUUGGGAAAACACUUUCUAGAAUUUUGGAUUUGUAUCAUAUAUGGAAUAAUUUUAGUAAUUUCCUUUGUGGAUGUGCGUGGCCACAUUUUCUAAAAUUUAAAUAGUUUUUAGAUAUUUCCAUCACUUACGCACCAUGCUAUCUCCAUAUGUAUGCAAGUGUUUGCAUCUGAGUUUUUAAAAUUAGUUUAAAUAUAGUAUUCAUGGUGUUACCUAGGCAAUGCUCUGUCUACAAGGUAGUUCAAAUGCCCAGUGCAUCUGGCUGUCUAGGUUAUCAGCUAAAUGCCCCGGUUGCUUGGAGCUCGAUUGACACAGUUGUGGUGAGGAAUUUCCCCUGCAUUCCUGUCAGCUGCUUCUUCUCCGCUCCCGCAAAGGGAAAAGUGACCAUAAUAAUGCACUAUUUUGCUUUUGUUUGGUUACCGAUGGGGUGUUUUACUAUUAAUAAAAGUUCAAUUUGGAAACAAAUAUUUACUUACUAGUCAUUAAAAUUAUAGAGUUAAAAAGUGUUUUAGAUUUUGAACUUUCUGAAUAGUAACUACAAUGUCCGGGUGUCUGAUUUUCAUAAACUGAACUUGCAACUUGUGUUAGGCAUUGCUAAGUCUUAGUUGCCUAUCGACAUUUGGAUUAGAUGCGCAGAAUCACGUUUCAGUUGGCUAUUUCUUUACUUUUGAAACAAUUGGGAAAUAUUGCAAAGGGUACGUGAAAGAUAUGAAGUAGAACAAUCAAGCAUGUGAACUUCCGUAGGGGACCUGCCAAGUUGGUCAGUCACUGUACCUGUGGUUGUUCCUUACACUAGCUCUCAGUUCUCAUAAUCGGAAUACCUGGAAAGUGUGAAUGUCAAACUAUAUCAAUCCAAAUCUAUCAUCUGUUUCACUGAUUUCAUUGUAUAUUUAAAUUGGCAUUGAUAGCUUCCUCUGAUUAUGUGAAUUUUUUAUUUAAACUGCCAGGCCUUUUGUGAUGCGCUGCUAAUUGAAAAGGUGGAGGAUAAUGAUGACUUUUUUGCAUUGGGUGGUAACUCAAUUUUGGCUGCCCUUCUUUCUCACAGAUUAGGGAUUGAUAUGAGAUUAGUCUACAGCUUUCCUAGCCCAGCCAGUCUAGUAGAUGCUCUUCUAGGUAGAAAAGCUGCACGUCAAGUUGGUUUCCACGAUGGUGUUUUCCAGGGAAAAAGAUUGAAAUUGAAUACUGUCUCUGGGGAAGUUGGUGUAGAUCACUCAAGAAUUCUAGCCAAGCCUGGUGAUGAACUUGGAUCUCUAAGAAUGGAUUCCGUCAUGCAAUCAAAUCGAAGGAAUGCAACUACUGGCGAUGAGAGCCUGUGGUUUUCCAGGCUUCAUUUACCCAAGUUAUGCUCCUUCAGUCGUUGCAACCGGUUCAUACAUGGAGAAGGUCCUCAAGCUAAUGAGGUGCAGAAAUAUUGUACGAUGACAGAAAUUCCAAGAAGCAGAACUUGGGACAUGCGAGAGAUAUGGAAAGUUCCACUGGGAUCAUGUGUCGAUGCAUCUCCAUUAGUUGUGUUGAAGAAUUUUGAGAUUCUCAUAUUCAUUGGAUCUCAUUCUCACAUAUUUUUUUGCCUGGAUGCCCUUAGGUAUGUGUCAUUCUUGAUUUGAUUUAUUUUCAUCUUUGGCUUUGUCAUAUGUCAUGGUACUGAAUUACAGAAAUCUCUCUGGAGCAUUGAUGAUUCAAUGGAUAUACAAUAUUUUACAUAGAUGUUGGCUGAUAUCAGUCCAUUAGACUGCCCUUGUUUGUCUGUAUCAAACUUCCUCCGGAUUGGCUGUAUCAAUGUGAUAAGAUCUGAUGACGAUUGUAACAAGGCCCAAUGGGUUUUUUUUAACGGCAUUUUCAGAAAUUUUGAUUUUAAUUUAUUUUUUUGAUACUACUCCUAUAAUAAAAGACCCCAUCAGAUGUUGGGACCCCUCAACUGCUGCUGUGGAACACCAGCUUACUCACUAAACCUAUAAAAAAAGGGAGAAAAGAAUAUCCUGUCCCUGGACAUGAUGAAAUGGAUUGGGGUUGGAGUAUGAGCUUCAGUAACUUGAUAUUUCUAUAUCUGCUCAUAAGAAUCCCCUCUUUAGCAAAACAAAUAAUAUUAUUUGUAGCAAUGGAUCCAGGGGGGCGUAUGACAGAUGGAAUAAUGUCUUGAAUGCAUUACCGUUUCCCCAAGAGUUGGGCCCACGUUUUACAGGUCAGAGGAAUCUUAACCCGGAUCAAGCUAGCCUGAUCCUUUGGCGGUAAAGUUUUCUCUUGGCGUGUGCAUUUACUAUGACUUCCGUGGAUAAAUCUAAUUUCUGCUUUGAAACUCUCAAAUCCAGUUGAGAUCCUAUUGGCUAAAGUCUUAUGAGUUGAUUGCUCUUUUCGCCCCUUUGACUUCCUUGCUUGUUACAAGACCCCGGGCUUUAUCUAAUAUCUUGUUUUAUGGAAUUUUUAGUGGUAUUAUUCGGUGGAAGACUCAAUUGGAAGGGCGAGUUGAAUGUUCUGCAGUUGCUACCAUUGAUUUUUCUCACGUAUGAUUUAUGUUAAAUUAUGCAUGUCAGAUGCUACAUAUCUUGGAAUAUUCCCUUCCUGUUGAACCCUGAAUAUAUUUCAUUCUUAACUAUCGUUUCUUAAGGUUGUCGUUGGAUGCUAUGAAGGGAAGAUCUAUUUUCUUGAUUUUGUGUCUGGUGUCAUUUCUUGGACAUUUCAAACUUCUGGAGAGGUACUAUCCCUGUUAAUGAGAUUGUCUGCUGCUAUGUUUCAUUUUCCCUGUAAAACGUGCUCGCAUCUUUUCCCUUUUUAGUACCUCAUUUUUCUUGACACCUUUUCAAGCUACAUUCAUUUGCUAAAUGCUGUUAUUUGACUAGUAUUUUCUCUUCACUUUUGCAGGUUAAAAUGCAGCCAGUGGCGUGGAAAAAUUUAGUCUGGUACAUUUUUAUAUACAUUCCCCCCCCCCCCUCCCCCGAAUCUCUGAACACUUCCUUUGAAGUAUUUAUACGUUUUAUAUUGAUUAUCGAAUCUUGUUUCGAUAAAUUCAUCGAAUAAUGAAUAUAAAUAGUAACUCCUGUCAAUUGAGAUUAACGAAAAAAUAUUACGGCUCUGUCAAUCAAUUUAUCCCACUUGUGUUGAAGAUAUCCUCUUCGGGAAUCUUCCAUGCUUCACAUUACUCCUUUCUUCUGUUGGCAUUAAUCCGUGCUUCAAAUUGCUUUUCUUCCUUUUUUUUAAAUCACAGGUCACUUGUUCUUUGCUGGCCUCCCUCUUCGCUUAUAAUCAUUUAUUGCCUUGUAAUCUGGAAUUUUUAUGACCACUAUAAUGUCCAAAUGACUUUGUAUUGAAUGAUAUGCCGUUGAAGUUCUCCAUAAGUUCGAAUUUAUAUUUGCUGAGGAUGUUACUUCGUGCAACUCAAAACCAUUUGAAAAAGAGUGGAUCUUUCUUAUGUGCAUCUUUAUUAUGUAUUAAUUGAUCCAUGAUUACUGUAACAUGAUUUCUCAUGUAUCUGCUGACUUUUGAGUUUUAUCAUGUGGACAACAGAAAUGAGUAGCACGUAGUCCUGGAGUGCUCAUUGGCUCUCAUACUAUGUUAAGUUUCUUAUAAUAGCUAACUCAUAAUUAAUUGGGGAAGAGUGGAGUACCCUUUUCUUUAUCACCAUAAAUAUUAUUUAAUAUCUAUUCUGUCAAUAUUAAUAUUUAUUAACCUGGAUAAAUGAAGGCCAUGUUUAAUUUAGUUUCAUGCAUCAUGUCCAUGCCGGAAGGCCAUGGUUUGAGUUCAUUUGACAUCCAUGACCGUUGAGUCUAUGUAUUUUACUCAUACUUUAUGAAACUUUCAAACAUGUUCAGCACAAAGAAGCGUUUUAAUCUCGUUCUAGUUUUAUUGUAUCAGUCCUGCGCUAGUGAUUCAUAGUUAAAUCUGGUUUCUGCUGACAUAAGCACGAAGAAAUGCUUUGAUUCCAUAUUUGACCGAAUUUUUUAUAUUUUAGGUGUGGAUCACAUGACCACUGGAUUUAUGCUCUGGAUUACGUGCAGCAGUGCUGUGUCUACAGGGUCUCUUGUGGUGGAAGCCCUUAUGGAUCACCUGCCGUAGAUAUGGUUUGCCAUUCUACUCAUAUGCUUCUUCUUCUUCUUCUUCUUCUUCUUCUUCUUCUUUUAAAACUGAGUUUAAAUUCUCGCCCUCUUUUUGUGUCUCCCCUUUGUUUUGUAAUUUAGUCUGCAUUAUUUACCUAAUGGGUUGAAUGAUAAAGGUUUACAGAAGUGACUGCAAUCCUAAUCAACGUUCCAAUGAUGAUUAUUGGUCGUAACAUGAGCCUAGACAAGGAGAGAAAAUAAACACUUUGGAUUUCCACAAUCUCUAGAUUGAUGCAGCAUGGUGUUCUUCUUUUUCUUCCCUUAAAGCAUCAGAUCGCGCAAGAACAUAUCCAGUUCCCUUUGACUCGUAAUAAUCCACUUGUUCCACACCGGGCCGCCAGUUCCUGUGUUCUACCCAGGAUAUCAAGUAGAAACAUCUUUGACCGAUUCAUCUCAAGUUCUUUUAGCUGUGCGGUCUGGACUGAUUCACAACACUCUUUGAGCUUACAUUCUUGCUUUUUUGCAAGAACUUUCCAGUGGAUCCUGCAGCCCCAUGUUCUACUUGAGGCAGAUAGCCUGGUUAAAGUGAAAUUAAUUAUAAAUUAAUUUGUAACAUUCCUGGGUUCGUGAAGCUCAUUAAUACUCAUGAUUAGCAUCCUCUAGCUGCCAGUAAUCUUGAUUACUUAUGCCCCUCAAUCUCAUAUCCAAGCACACACAAGCUUUACACUUGGGACCGCAUGAACACAUUCUUAUGAGCAAGAGAGAAAGAUCUAGUGUGAUCGUGAUUUUGGAGUCGGGUUUUAAAACCCAUGUUUUGAUCUAAAACCCCAGAUUUUUAUUAUGCACGGUUAGCGGAUUAUGAUCCAAUGAAUUCUUCAAUAGAGGCCUCAGCUUCUGUCCCAGAGUCUUUGGAGUCUUUAGCUUUAUUGCUCAGCUCUCUCUCACAGGAAAGCAUGAUAUUACCAACAGAGGAAACUUUUUUCAUUCCUCAGCUCGGGUUCGCAAUGAGAUAAAUCGCCUGAUUGUAAGUUUUUUUUUUUUUUUUUCUGCUAGGUGCGGAACAUGAUAUAUAUAGCAUCCACCAGUGGCCGGGUGACAGCAGUAUCGGCAGAGGUAUGAUUGCUCUAUGAGGAUAGUUUAGUGGUUUAGAAACGUUGAGGCUUUUAUGGAAGCACAUUACUGAUCAAAAUACUCUAAUCCCCUCUCUAUGAUCAAUAUCGUCUAGCAUGCGCCUCCAAUAAUUCAUGAUUUUUUUUUUUUUUAAUUUGUGGGCCGAUUAUUUCUGCUAGUUCUCUGGUUGCAAAACUGUGAUGAGGGAAGAGGAUUUGAUAGUGGAGUAAUAUAUAUUAUAUUUACUGGGAGGAUCUAUUACCCCCUCCAAUUGCAGUAAUAAUAUGGAUUGAAAUGGCCUAUUAUACCCUUUUUUUAUAUUUUAAUUCUCUUUUUUGUUGAGAAUAUUUAUUUUUUAAUUCUGCAGGCCCCUCCAUUUAGGGUGGCUUGGCUGUAUGAGUCCGGGGCACCCAUUUUUGGGUCCCUCUCUUUAGAUGCAUUAACUGGGAAUGGUGAGCUUAUUCCCCGCCAUUUAUUUGAAUCAGCUGAGGAUUACCCAUCCACAAUGAUCUCUUUUUUUCUUCUUCCAAUGCCACAUUAUUAUUAUUAUUAUUAUUAUUAUUAUUAUUAUUAUUAUUAUUAUUAUUAUGAUAAUGUGAUGUGGUUAAGGUUGAUCUUGCAGUCAUUUGUUGCUCUGUGGAUGGGCAUGUGAUCGCAUUGAACUCAGAAGGGUCCAUGGUCUGGAAGGUAUUUUCCUCUGUUCCUUUGAAGCCAUUGAAUCCUUUUUUUUUUUUAAUUAGCUAUGUGAUAUCAGGGUUUAUGACAGCAUAUUACCAGAUGUGGAUAUAGUAAUGUACUAAGUUUCCUGUACAAUAAUCUUCAUGAAAAAAAUAAUUCUCCGUCCCAUAAAAUAUUGAUUGAAAAUGAUUUUCUGGAGUCAAAUUUGUAUAUGGCGGCUGCCAGAUUAUGUAAAAGAAAUCUAUUGAAAGAAGUAUGAUCCUUGUUUGGCAAUCAGUCAAUCAGUUAUUGGACUGGAUGCUGUGAAGAUCACUGCUCGCUUUGGAAUCGGUGCACAGAAGUAGGCUGAUGAGGGCAUUGAAAUCCUGUAAUUUCUAUCGCAGACUAGUAAUCAGCUCCGAUUUAAUCAUCUUGGUGAUGAACUCGCAGGCAGCAACUGGUGGUCCGAUCUUUGCCGGAGCAUGCAUGUCUUCUGCUCUUCCUUCUCAGGUCUGCCGGCCUCGUCGUCUUCCUCAAGGGGAUCCAUUUCCCUGGCUUCUCUCUCGCUCGAGCUCUUGAGCUCUGUAUAUAUCAUGCAAGUCGAUCAAAUCCUUGAACUGGUGAUAUCGGUUUUCUGGGAUUCCUAUCCAGGUGCUUGUGUGCUCAAGAGAUGGGAGCGUCUACUCCUUUGAAUCCGUAAGCCGCCGCCGCUGCCGCCGAUCAACCCCAAGGAUUAAGGGUUUUGGAAGAUCUAGGGUUUAUGAUCGGGGUGUGAUGAUGCUUGCAGGAGAGUGGAGGACUGCUGUGGGAGCAUCAGGUGGGGGACCCGAUCACCUCCUCCGCAUACGUCGAUGAGCAGAUGCGGCUGGUCUCAGAGCCUUCAAUGGCCGCCCAUAGGUGAACUGCCUUACCUUUCUGUUUCUGGGCAGAUCUCGACCAGCAUUGAUUGAUUCGUUUUCUGGAGGUCGCCCCCUUCUUCAACCGCGGCUCCUUCCCCAGGUUGGUCUGCGUCUGCGGAAGCUCGGGAAGAAUACGUCUGCUCCAGGUGGACGAAGACCAGACGAGUCGCCGGAGCGUGGGGGAUGAAGGUCGCGAGAGCUCGCCGGCGGAAGAGGUGGGGGGAGUGGAUCUCCCCGGAGAAGUCUUCUCGUCGCCGGUGAUGAUCGCCGGACGUGUCUUCGUCGGCUGCCGGGACGACCACGUCCGCUGCAUCGGCGCCAUCGUCUCGGCAGAGGCUUCGACGAGGUUUUAG